UCUACAAUCCUGUAAUAAGGACGUCAUCCUGUUCUCCUUUCUCUCAGGCUCACAAGCUUUACCAUCACUACAUUACAGUGCAGUAUUUCUGGUUUCGUAUGUCUUCAUAUCUAAAAAUACUUGCGUGAUCAUUUUUAAAGUCCGCUUCACUUCUCAGGGACACAGAAACAACUGCAGGCUAACAGAGCAGAGUCCAGUCUGUCUGUGCGCUGCUAGCUAACGGUACAGCUGUUUACAACUCCACGGUAACUGCUCCGUCCAUCCCGCUGGAGGGACGCGGACAGCCGAGAGGGGACAGAUGAACGAGCUGGUGAAGAGCUUACCCUCCCCGACUCUCCCCGGGCUCCACCUGCCGUGUCUGGACACCCACAAGGGCUGGCUCUUCAAAUGGACCAACUACCUGAAGGGCUACCAGCGGCGGUGGUUCGUCCUCAGCAACGGCCUGCUGUCCUACUACAGGACUCAGGCAGAGAUGGCGCACACUUGCCGGGGCACUAUUCCCCUGGCGAAAGCUCACAUCGAGGUGGGUGACACCUGUCACUUUGUGUUAACCAGUGAAGGCCGAAGCUACCACCUGAAGGCCACAUCUGAGGGGGAAUGUCAGAGAUGGGUGUCGGCCCUGCAACAAGCAAAGGCCAAUGCCACGCUUCUGAUGCAUCACUCAGAUGACUCAGGUGAUGAAACCCCUGUGCCUCAGGAGGACCGUGCCCUCACCCAAGGAGCACUGAAGUCUCUGGCCACCAAGUUGGAGGAUCUGAGCACCUGUAAUGAGCUGAUCGGAAAGCACGGCGCCGCCCUCCAGCGCUCCCUCAGUGAGCUCGAAGACCUGCGUGGGUCCACGGAAGGCACGGACAAAGUGAAAGCUGUUAAUGAGCGAGCCACUCUCUUCCGCAUCACCUCCAAUGCUAUGAUCAAUGUUUGUCGUGACUUUUUGGAUGUGGCAGAAUCUCACAGCCGGCGGUGGCAGAAGGCUCUGCACUAUGAGAGAGAACAGCGCCACCAUCUGGAGGAGACCAUUGAACAGUUAGCCAAACAGCACAACAGCCUGGAGAGAGCCUGGAGGGAGAAUCCCACCUCAUAUACAGGUGUGGAGCGGCCUCAAGAGGGGGACGCGAGUGAUGAAAAUGAAGAAGCGGAGUUCUUUGAUGCCAUGGAGGACGGCCCUUCAUUCAUAACUGUGACUGCCACAGGCAAUAUCCAACGCAAGCGCUCGGGCAGUAACCAGAGUAUGAUGAGUGGAGGAGUGCCUAAUCACUGGACUCACAAUGAGAGUGACACCUCAGGCACAAAUCAGAUGCAGCUACGAAGAACAAGGCGCAGCCGUAUCCCUGACAAACCAAACUACUCCCUUAACUUGUGGAGCAUCAUGAAAAACUGCAUCGGAAAAGACCUAUCCAGGAUUCCCAUGCCUGUAAACUUCAACGAGCCGCUGUCGAUGCUGCAGCGUCUGACGGAGGAUUUGGAGUACAGCGAGCUGCUGGACCGGGCUGCUCGCUGCGACUCGUCCCUGGAGCAGAUGGGCCUUGUGGCCGCCUUUUCUGUCUCAUCCUACUCAACCACAGUCCAUCGAACCGCCAAGCCCUUCAACCCUCUGCUGGGGGAGACUUACGAGCUGGACCGACUGGAGGAGUACGGCUAUCGCUCCAUCUCUGAACAGGUCAGCCAUCAUCCACCAGCUGCUGCCCACCAUGUGGCGUCAGAGUGUGGAUGGACUCUGUGGCAGCACAUAACUAUUGAUAGCAAGUUUCGUGGGAAAUAUAUUUCUGUAAUGCCAUUAGGUAACAUUCACCUGCAGUUCCACUCAAGUGGAAACCAUUAUGUGUGGAGCAAAGUGACAUCAACAGUGCACAACAUCAUUGUAGGGAAACUUUGGAUCGAUCAGUCUGGGGACAUUGACAUUGUGAACACCACCACAAAGGACACCUGCCGUCUCAAAUUCUCCCCAUACAGCUACUUCUCCAGGGAAGUUCCACGAAAAGUGACAGGGGUAGUGGAGGAUGGAGAGGGCACCGCCCAUUACAUCCUGUCAGGAACCUGGGAUGACAAAAUGGAAAGUGCAAAAAUAGUGGAAAGCAGCCAGGGGUGUGGAGGCUCUGAAGGCAAACAAAAAACUGUUUAUCAGACUCUUCAACCCAAACUGCUGUGGAAAAAAUAUCCUCUUCCAGACAAUGCAGAGAACAUGCACUAUUUCUCCGCCCUGGCGCUGACCUUAAACGAGCCGGAGGAGGGUGUUGCACCUACCGACAGCCGUCUGCGACCGGACCAGCGGCUGAUGGAGGCAGGCUUGUGGGACGAGGCAAACAUCGAGAAGCAGCGGCUUGAGGAACGUCAGAGACUGGAGAGGAAAAGAAGGGAGGUGCAAGCUAAUCAGGUCCUGGAGGAAGUGCAAGACAUCGAAGGUUACCAGCCAGUGUGGUUUGAGAAGAGAACAGAUGAAAACACAGGAGAAGCGUCCUACAAGUACAGAGGCGGCUACUGGGAAGCUAAAGAAAGACAAGACUGGAGUCAUUGCCCUGAGAUCUUCUAGGAAUCUAGUAGUUGUUGGAGGUGAGAGCUCAGAUGAAGAGGUGGUAGUGAGUGAGACAGCUGUUUACACUCAGCUUUUAAAGCACAAAACCUCUAGCCUCUACUUCCUGUGUAUAUUUGUUCAAUCUCUGUUGCAGAUGUGCUACCAGGAUGCAUGGCUUCAGUUGGUAUAUGCUUAAGUGGUCUGCAGAACUUAUAUAUCUGAACAAUUCAAGUUCCGUGUGGCUGUCUGUGAGUGUGAUAGAACUUUAGUUUACAGAGAACCAAUUUCAGCACUAAAACACACCUAACUGGGUGUUCAUGGGCAAGCCUGGGUGCAGAGCUCUCUGGGUGUCUGCUACUCACUGACCGUCCUUCUCUAGUCAGUGAUAGGUAGUAAGGAUAUCAGUCUUUGAAAGUGAGGGACAGAGCCUUCUCUGCUGUAAAGUUGUCUCAGCAGAGCAUGUGUUAUUGAUCCUUCAUAUUCUUCGUUGAUUUGUACCACACUAUGUUUCAGAAUCGCAAAAAUAGUAUCCUGCAGCACAAGGGUGGCCUCUAAAAACAAGGACCUCGUUUCAUGGAUGGCUGAUUGAGAGAAAUUGUGUCCAUUGUUUUGUUAAAGGUGUACUCCGUCAAUUUAACAACUUUAAGCCAGCACACUCCAAACACAGAUCAGUGCAAACCCCAAGAGAGCAGAUGUAUGAUCGGAUUAGCACUAAAGAAGUUUCACUGAGUCCAUGAAAUACUCAAGCCACACUAUUUAUGUAUUUUUAUCUUAGAUGUUGGACACUACAAACUGCAGGUCUUUUGUACAUUUAAAAGCCCUGAAAUGUCUAACUGCAGACAUUUCUGAGUUGUUUAAAGAUUAUUAGGUAAGACUAUUAUGAUUUUUGACCCAUUCAGGGGUAUAAUCUAAUAGUUAAUAAAUAAAUAUUCAAUACAUUAAUCAUUCCAGUAAGAAGUCAAACUGUAUGAGUGGUUCAGAAAUGUCCCUAAUUUGUACUAUACUAGAAUUUGAUUGGAAAGACUAUUGUCCUAUUCAAUCUACACAUAAUCCUCCACAAUUACAGACAAAAAACAGUUUAUAUAAAUAUUCCAACCAUUUCCUUUGACAGCCACAACUCUGAGCUCAGGUAAUCCAUACCACAAUCAGUGAUUAUUGGGCUACUUCAGCAACUGUCUUCAGUAAGUCCACAGACGACACACUUCUGUCAUUUUAAGGUCUUACAGCUCAAGCCUAACAGAGGGCAACAUUUGUAAGAAAGAAGUCUGGAGAAAGUUACAAGAAAAAUCUUGCAUUUAAAGUCCUAAAAAGCACAGUUGGGUUUAAGCUUUCUAGAUUUGGCUGCCCAGUUAAACAGAUUAAUCAGGGAGAACAGGUCAGCCAUAAUCAAUAAGCCUAUAUAAUUAUGAAUGAGUUGUUUUGUCGAGAUAAUAUACAGAUAAAUUGCUAUUAAUGCUGCACUCUAUUAGUUUAGUUGAUAGACUCGUUGAACAUAAAACGACAUUUGAAGAAACAUGACAGUCUGCUGGGGAUUUGAAAAAAGCAUCAAGCAUCAAGAUGAAGAGGAGCAUAAUUGUCUGAUUUUAUAAGACAGGAUGUGAAGAGCCACUAUUCCCAACAAUGUGUUUGCAGAACAAAUACUGAGCACCAUUUAACAAAUCCCAUCUCUGCAUUCAAGCACUGGGGUGGCAACAUCAUUAUGUGGGAACAAACGCAACAAUUCAUAGACUAGUAUGAAUCAAGGCAGGAUGGAACUGACAUUGUUUUUCACCAGAAGACCCUUUAAGAGGUUACUUCUGCAGUUUGGAUUAUAUUUACAUUUUUAAGAUUUUUCAUUAGGUCCUAAUUUAUUAAAUAGGUAAAUGGUUAAAUUAUUGUUUAAGCAUCAUAUUAAAUGUAUCCCUAAUUAUUUUAUUACAUCAAUAAUUUACUAAGUAUAUAUUGAACAUGAAAUUCAGCAGUUAAAAUUGAAUGGAGAAGUCAUAAUACAUUUAUUUAUUUAAUGAUUUAAUGGUUCCUUUGUGAAAAUGCACCAUAAAAUAAUUGAAAGUGUCAAUGUGGCUCAUUAAAUACGCUGUGUUAAGAGCUGUCUUCGAGGUCGAAGCUCAGAGCUGGGAAUCACGUCACAACCGCGGUGAGAGUGUUCUAAUUUCAGGUUGGAAAAUAGUAGGAUUUGCUUCUUGGCUUGUUGAGAAGUAAUAUUAGAAGCAUAAGGUGAUAAUAACACAUUUCACCCCAUCCAGUUUAAAGUCCUCUAUAGGAUUUAGAUGUGUUGACUUCAUCAUAAAACAGAUAACUGCAAGAAUAAUAUGUCAUUCUUUCUGAUAAACGGUGAUGUGAAAUCUGAGUAAAUGCAAAAGGUAGUUCUCAAAUGAUGAUUUCAUUUCUUAAGGCAAAUGUUUUCCAAAUGAAUCUGGUGCUGAGGGAUAAAAUAAUCGCCACCCUUGGCAGCAACAACUGCAAUCAGUCGUUUUCAAUGACUGGCAAUGAGCCUUUUUCAUCGGUGCAGAGGGAUUUUAGCCCCCAUUUCUCUGCUGAAUUGUUUUACUUCAGUCACGUUGGACGGUUUUUGACCAUCAACAACCCAUUUAAGGUCAUGCCACUGCAUCCUAAUCACAUUUAAGUCCAGACUUUGACUAGGUCACUCCAAAACCUUCAUUUUGUUUUUUGAACCAUUCAGAGCUGGUGCAGAUUAUUGUCUUUGUUGGUGUGGAUAGCUUUUUCCCCUUAAAAAGUGAAACCAUCAUUUUCUGUACUUCAAAUUUGUUUGAUCUGAAAUAUUUAGGCAUAGCAGAAAAGCAAAAACAGGGCAAAUACUCUUUCUCAGCACUGUAAUUGCACUCAUGUUCCACCUACCAUCCACCACUAUUUUUAAUACCCUUCUAACUAUUUAGUUCAAUUGUUUACUUCUUUGUUGCCUCCUCCACUGUAAAUCGACAUAGAAACUCUCCAGAUUUUUCAUUUCAUGUCCAUGUCUUUCCCUUUAUAUCUCUUCUUCUUUACGGAAAUAUUUUACAAAAGAGAUAAACUUACAGCAUGGCCUGAAUCAUAAAUCCAUUAGUAUUCCUAGCACUUUGAUGCUGGAAUCUCCGUGUUCUGAUUUAAAUGAUUAAAUGUGGCUGAAUGGGCCUCUUGUGUCAUAUUUUUUUCCUCAAUCAACAGUAAAAAAAAAAGGAAGAUGGAUGCAUAAACAAACAUAAUUUCUGAAUGAUACAACUUAUAAAGUUCUCAGGCUGCAACAGAAAAUCCAAAAAGCAAGCAACUACUGGAAGUAAGUUAUUGUUAUUUCCGAUCUCUAAAUCAAACAAAGUAAAAAAAAAAACUUUUGUGGAGAUAUAUGUGCAGAGCCGUGAUGAAAAAUGCUCAAUUUCCUUUUAAAGAUUAUAAAAAAUAUAAACAAUAUAAAUGCUUCGAGAACACUCAAGGCGCAUGUCUGCUUUUCUUCUGAAAAUGUGUUAAAACUCAAUUUUAAGAGUUUCUCUGAUGCAUAAAUCAGUUUAACCUCCUGGAUUGUGCACAAUGAGAACUUCUAUUGGUGGUUAAUGGUAAUUCUAGCCUUAAUUAGAGUAUAUAACAAACCAGUAUUAAUACAAAGUAUGAGAUAGAAACAAAAAACUUUUUAUACAGAUUAUAGAUGUUAUUUAUUCUCUCCAGACUUAUAAGGAAUACAUUCAGGUAAUUUAUUUUGAUAAUACAAGUCAGUUUAAGACAUCAAUGUGUUAAACAACUAUUUUCCCUAUAUUAAGUUUAAGAAAUUAAGAUAUCCAUGACAGAUAUGUAUAUCAUUAUUUGUGUAUAUGUAAAUAUUAUUUUUCUGUUCUUGUUGUUACUUUAAGAUGCUAUAUGUCAGCAAUAAUGUAAUCUGAACAGCUAUUAACGUACAAAAAAAGCACCACUUAGGUCAAACUAGUUUAGAUUUCCCUUAGAUGAGUGAUGGAUUAGUUGCUAACAUGCACAUGGGCAUCCCUAGUAAAUAUCCUCCUUAGCCAAUAUUUGCUUGUGUAUUUAGACCUUACUGUGUGUCAUAAUGGGGCAUGGUUCACAUAUGUGGCUGUCAGGUCAGUUUCGACCUGUAUUUAGCAACAAUACUGUAGAAAUAGAAGCUCAUCUGUUACAUCACUGUAAUAAAAAUGUUUAACAUUACUUGAAUAUUUAUACAAUCACUCUUUAUCUUCUGGUUUUGAGUAGUUGAACCCGAAUGCAUCUAAUGGUGUUGCAGAGGCUAAAUUGUGAAUGUAAGAGGAUUAGAUGCUGUAUGUAAUAUUAUUCUAAAUAGUAUAUAAAAUCCUAUUAAAAAAAAAGCACAAGGUCUUGUUUAUCUGCAGAAACAUGGUGCAAAAUCUGGAAGUUUCCAUUGCAGUGCACACAGUAACUAUGCAUGGUUUAAAAGUGCAAAUGCACUUUUGUAGUGAGCAGUGUUCUAACCUCUCUAAUGUUUGUGGAUUGGCAAUGAAAGAUGAUGUAAAUUCACCUUUUGUGCCCAGUUACCUCAGAAAGUUUAAAUUUUCGAAAUCAAAUAAAAUACUACAAAAGAAACUGUGAUAUGGUUCAGUCAAA